CUUGUUCAUGCCCUAAUUUCAGUCCUAUUGCCUUCUUAACUGCAUAAAUAUUAUUCAUUAUCAUUUCAUGCCAUGUUUGAUUCCUGGGAAAUCCGAGUGAAAUGAAACUUGGGUCAGCGCUAGUUCCCAGUUUCCAGUUUUCCUUCAAUUUCCUGCGAUUUACCACUUUACCAGCAACCAAACGGGCCUUUUAGCGAGCGUUUUGAAUUCCAAGGUUUGGCCAUAUCUGCAGCCACGGUCGUCGUCGUUGAUCAUUCUUUGUCGCGGACAAUUAUUUGAGUAAUCCAUCAACACCCACAUGUAUAUAAAUUGCAUGCACAGCUGUGCCUCAAAGCUGCUACGGUUUUAGCUCGUGCACCAAGGAAUGGCAUCUCUAGCCCAACCCUUAUCUACUAUGUCAACUAUUACUUUUCCCCUAGUCCAUUCCAGGAGCCUGAAAUUGUGGAAAUUCCCAAAUGCACCCAAUGGAUGCACCUUUCCUCAUAUAAGGAUUAGGCGUGUCCCUGUUUGCUGUUCAAAUUUGUCUCCAUGGGAACCCUCACCUGUCACAUAUGCUCCCACCGAUGAUGCUGGAGGAGGUGACUUCCUGAAGGGAACUACAAAUAUCUUUGAAACCCUGAAUUCUGAUAAGGCAGCCAAAGCUCCAGUAACCAAUGUUGAAGAACUUACAGAAGCAAGCAAUCAGACAUCCAUGCAGCUUCAUUACCUUAAGUGGCCCAUGUGGCUUCUGGGCCCUUCUGUUCUCCUUGCCACUGGCAUGGCACCCACCUUGUGGUUGCCCAUAACUUCCAUUUUCAUCGGCCCUAACAUAGCCAGCCUUCUUUCCUUGACAGGACUUGACUGCAUUUUUAAUCUUGGUACAUUUCUCUUUCUCCUCAUGGCUGAUUCUUGUGCGCGUCCGAGAAACCCUGCCGAAGCUUGCAGCAGCAAGGCUCCUUUUAGUUAUCGGUUCUGGAACAUGGUUGCAACCACAAUGGGUUUUAUCUUCCCCUUCGUAAUGCUGUUUGUUUCCCACAAGGGCUUCCUCCAACCUCAGCUGCCUUCUAUUUCAUAUGCUAUUCUGUUGGGUCCCUACCUUUUGCUUCUAUCAGUACAAAUGCUCACGGAGAUGCUUACAUGGCAUUGGCAAUCACCAGUGUGGUUGGUGACCCCGGUUAUAUAUGAAGCUUACCGUGUUUUGCAGUUGAUGAGGGGGCUGAAGCUAGGUGCUGAGCUCAGUGCACCAGCUUGGAUGAUGCACACGAUUCGCGGGCUAGUGUGUUGGUGGGUGCUGAUCCUUGGUGUGCAGCUCAUGAGGGUAGCUUGGUAUGCUGGCUUCAGUACCCGUGCUCGUCGACAACAAGCUUCUGCUUUAGUUGAUGGUAAUUAAUAUUUGUUAAUAGUGAAGAUUUCAAAAGGUGGUUCUUUAAUACGAGCCACUGAGAUCUAUCACAUUCAAAAAGCACGGAUCAUUCGCCCACUUUUUCACUGGUUAAGGUAUAAUUAAUUUUUAGAUUGUGGCUGUUUGUAUACAAUAAUAUAUUUAUAGGUGUGAUUAUGUCUCUUUGUAUACAAUAAUAUAUUUGUAGGUGUGAUCAUGCAUAAAAAAAGACCCCUCCCUUUUUUCAUCGGGAAGAAGAAGAAGAAGAAGAAGAAGACGAUAAAUAUACAUACUGCAGUUUGCUUUUUAAUUAUAAAUAGCUUUUUAGGUA